GAUAUGCAAGUCUACAGAUAUUACCGAGACCUCAUCAAGUUCAACUCCAGAGGGAACCCUAGUGAGAUGCUGAGGUGUAUCAACCCCAACGAGGCCAAACUUCUUGAUGUUGCAGCCGGGGUGACUGUCAGAUUCAGGCUUGCUGGGGAAAGAUUCCCACCUAACAUUUACUACAAGAUAUUCACAACGCGACCGAUACAAGACUUAUGUGCCAACAGUCCCAAAGACUACACCAGUGUCACUGCGAAGCAACUGCCAGUCAAAAUAUUCCAUGGGCGUUCAUUUGUUCACAAUAAUCUUCAAGAUGACAAAAGGGGCUGGUAUAAAAGGAUUGAAAACAAUGGCUGGCGUCUGAUGUCAGAUCGUUUGAUUCAGCAUAUCAUGAGUGACCCUGUGACUCGGGAAACUUCUAAGAAAGUGCACAAUUUUGAUCACAACAGGUUACAAAGGAAACAGGAUGUAGAAAAGCGAAAGAAGCAAAGAAAAAUUGAAUGGAUGCAAAAAAUGUACAAAGAAGGCAUGCUGAAAGCCAAAACUGAAGAUGUAGAGAUGGCCCAACUUGUAGAGGGCACUGUUGCAGGAAUGAUGGCAGCAGUCAGUGACCAAGGACCUCAGAUACUUGAAGACUGGGAAGUGGAUGAACUGCUCGACUGGACAACUGGUUUGGAUUUUGAUGAUUACAGGGAUUCUUGGGUGAGACUUGCCACAAGUGCUCCAUCUCAGAAAUCAAUAGAAACAAGACAAAAAACAACAAAAAAUAUUGUCAGUCCUUAUGAACGGAACCAGUCAAUGGGACUAUCAGCCUCCACCACAAACAUGACUGUCACUUCAAGCGAGUUGUCUGUGUAA